AUGAGCUCGUGGGGUCACAUUCCCAGUUUGCUAGAGCGAGUCCGUCUAAUCGUCCACGAAUCGAAAACAGCACUUGGCCGAAAGGCUUAUUCAAAGAUUAUGGACAAACUGAAUGUCGACGGUAUGGUCGACAGAUUUGAUGAAGUUGACGAAGCACACGAGCACACCUUCGGCUGGAUUCUAGAGCCAGGGCCAGCUCCGGAAACGGAAACCGCGGAAGACACUCAGGCGCAUCAAGGAAUCAUUGACUGGCUUUGCCAUGGAGAUGGCGUUUUUCACAUCACCGGGAAGCCAGGCGCCGGGAAGUCGACUCUCAUGAAAUAUCUCUGCCAAAGCCCGAUGGACCAGGAAUUUCUUAGCUCUUGGGCCGGAGAUAAGUUGUUGAUGACGACAAACUUUUUCUUCUGGAGACUAGGCAUCGAUGUUCAGAAGUCCCUCCACGGGCUUCGACGGGCUUUGCUAUACGCCAUCUUGCAAGAGCUUCCAGGACUUACAGAAAAUGUUUUCCCGCGCCACUGGAAAUCAGUACUCGAUGAUAAAUUGGUUUCAAUUCAUACUAAAGAUGUUAACAUGGCUCUUCAAGCGCUCUUUGAACAGACAGAUUUCCUUCUGUCUCAUAGACUCGUCUUUUUUAUCGAUGGGCUGGAUGAAUAUCACGGAGACCAUGACGGGAUGCUCAAGACGCUCCUCAAAUGGACCAAAGAACACAAAAGUGAUAUCAAACUCUGCGUCUCAAGCAGGGAAUGGGAGAUUUUUACACAGCGACUGGCCGACUGCCCCAGGAUCAAGCUCCAAGAAAUCACGCGCAGAGAUAUGCAAACCUACGUCAAUGAAGAACUCUACGAAAAUGAAGAGUUUACCCAAGUCUCUCUUCGAAGCCCCGAGAUACUCGAUCUCGCCCACAUAAUAACACAAAAGGCCGAGGGCGUAUUUUUGGAAGAGUCGAUACCUUGGCCGUCUCUGUUUCAAGUUCCACUCGUGUACUACUCGUUCAUUGACGAAUACGAAAGAGACAAGGACUUCGCCAUCAAUUUACCAUUAGGCAAAAUGGAAAACUCGACACAGAGAGAACGGAUAGAAAAGGCUCGAAGAAUGAUCUACCAAAGAUGCAUGGGCCUCUUGGAAACAUACACGGUUCCCUCUGACGACGAACCUGAGUAUUAUAAGCCACGUAUUCCAAAAGAGCAAGGCGUCAUGGCCUCCAUUCAUUUCUCAAGCCAACGAACAACUACACUGCCUACGAGCGAGGCUGGCGGUUACAUUGAAGACGAGGCCGGCCUGACGAGAGACGCCGAAAGUUCAUCUUCGUCGAGUUAUUGGGGUUCCAGAAGCUUCGUUAGUGGCGAAUCGAAGGACGAGUACUUCCACAAGCACGUCAGGUUUGAUGAAGACGGCAAGUUCAAUCACCGCUUCAUUGCAUGA